UAUUCUGAAGCGGGGCUGCUGCGACUUCCGGCGGAUCAGAGUCUGCGCGAGCGCAAACGCGGUUUUGAGCGCUGGUCAGAGAGUCGCAAGGACUUCAGAGGCGGUGCCGCUGCCGUGAGGAACCAGGAUGCAGACCAUUAAGUGUGUUGUGGUGGGCGACGGGGCGGUGGGGAAGACGUGCCUCCUCAUCUCCUACACCACCAACGCCUUCCCCGAGGAGUACAUCCCCACCGUGUUCGACAACUACAGCGCUCAGAUGAGCGUGGACGGCCGUACGGUGAGCCUCAACCUGUGGGACACGGCGGGGCAGGAGGAGUACGACCGUCUGCGCACGCUCUCCUACCCACAGACCAACAUCUUCAUCAUCUGCUUCUCCAUCGGCAGCCCCUCGUCCUUCGCCAACGUGCGGCACAAGUGGCACCCGGAGGUGACCCACCACUGCCCCGGCGCUCCCAUCCUGCUGGUGGGCACCAAGAGAGACCUGCGCUCGGACGCGGAGACGCUGAAGAAGCUGAAGGAGCAGGGCCUGGCUCCCACCUCGCACCAGCAGGGCGGCGCUCUGUCCAAGCAGAUCGGAGCGGUCAAGUACCUGGAGUGCUCUGCGCUGCUGCAGGAGGGCGUGAGGGAGGUGUUCGUGGAGGCCGUGCGCGCCGUGCUCUACCCCGCUACCAAGAAGAACACCAAGAAGUGUGUGCUCUUAUAGUGGUGCGUGACGGAGAUGAACUGAUGAACGAGCUGUUUCGCUGCCUUCUGUGCGUCUCAUUCUCUCUCUGCAUCAGUCUGUUGAAGUUGCUUGCCUGUCUUUGUUGUUGAUUGUGUUGCCAGAUCCAUUUCGUCUGUGUCCGUCAGGAGCUCGUCUUGACUCGCGGCGUCCUGUGCGUUUAGAUAAAGUGCAAUAAGAUAAUGAAGACUGAAUCAGAUUCAUGGUUAUAAACGUCCCUCAAAAUCUUUGAUGCUCCUUCAAAACCAUUGCAUAGUGUUUUAUCCAUCGCUGUUCAGCAGUAUUUGGACAGCUGAAAGAGAUCGUUUGGGUUGCAUUGAUUUAAGUGUGAAUUUCAUUAUUUUACUCCAAAAUCAAAAGAAUUAUACAUUCCAUAAACAAAUGCAAUCGAUAAGCAAUAAGGUUUCGAGUCAAAUCCCACAGUGCAAGAGAGAAAAUCUCAUCCCUCGGACACAACGACUGAUUUUUUAAUUUUUUUUUCAUAUUUAUAGUUCGACAAAUACUGUAAAGCUGUACAUUUCCAAAUUAUAUUUUACAAAUGCAAAACGUCUUAAUGCUCCCAACCAGAUAUUUUUAAUGCAAAAUAUAUUUUCUUACUUGUGAUUUGGGAGUUAAGUUAACCCCUCAUCAUCCUGGAGUCGUGCCUUAAGUGUGUUUCUAAAGAGCUGCGUCCCGCUGCUGAACAAGUGUUGGUGCUGGUGUAGUAGGGAUGUUCCUCUUCAGUGCCUCGGUGUGUAACGCUCACAAACACCAAAACGCUGAUGUGUGUUUCCAGCCCAAAGACAUGCUAACUGCUCAAACCGGAUCAUUACACGUCUCCUUGGGUUUAUGAUGUUGUUCUUAUUAACUGACAAGCUUUAUUUUGGGUUUUGCGUGUUGAAAAGAGGCGUGAUGUUGGACUAACACACAGUAUUUCAGUAUCUCGUCAUCAGUCUUUAAUAAGCGAGCUGAUUUCCAGUGUUGAUGUGGUCACAGACGUCUCUGGAUGCAGUGAAUCUAGGCAUUAUGUGAUGUGUUACUCUGCUGAUGUGUGAUGGGCUUUCAGAACUGGAAGUCGUGGUUAAACCUUAUGCAAAACUGACACCGUUGAAUGGCAGUGUGUUGUGGUCGAUAAACUGUGACUGCACAGCCAAGGUUUUAAUAACUGAAACUUUUUAGCUUUUUCUUACUUGUCUGCCAAACUUGGCCAAAGAGUGCCUUUGGAAAAACCCAUUAGAAGGUGUGUAACCGGCCGUGUGUGUGUUAUCAUUAGAGUCACAGCUGAUAACAUUGGCACUGCUUGUUUCUGUGGUUAAAGCAGGACAGUGUCUCAGAGAGGGGAUGAAUCCUGUGCAGACGCUGGAGAAUGACGAGCGAUUGUGACCGUGAACCGCUUUCUGUGUCAUCUUUCAGAGGCUGUGUGUCUGUGGUGUGUGGUACUAGAUUUAUACACUGGGAAAUCAAUAUAUUUUUUUUGUCAAAAUUGCCUUUUUAUAACCAAAAUGAAUUGUAUAAAUGAACUAACCGUGAAAUUAUUUUAAAUUAUGCUGAAUAAACUUUUACACACAA